GUGUUCCGCAAGGAUCUGAUUAGUGCCAUGAAACUGCCAGAUUCUCACCAUGUCAACCCUGAUGAAUAUUAUGUCUUUGCGGACACGUGGAAACAAGAAUGGGAGAAAGGGGUUCAAGUUCCAGCCAGUCCAGAAACUAUUCCACAGCCUUCUCUCAGGGUUGUAGCAGAAAAAGUGAAAGAAGUACUCUAUACACGACCCAGGAAAUACAUCCACUGCUCCAGCCAGGAGCCCACAGAACCAGGUUACAUCAACAUUUUGGAACUGGCAGAAUCUGUGUGUCGCUAUGACUUGGAUGACAUGGACAUCUUUUGGCUUCAAGAGCUAAAUGAAGAGCUUACAGAAAUGGGAUGUGGGCCCUUGGAUGAAAACACAAUGGAAAAGACAAUUGAAGUGCUGGAACGGCACUGUCAUGAGAAUAUGAAUCAUGCCAUUGAGACUGAAGAAGGUUUGGGUAUCGAAUACGAUGAAGACGUCAUCUGUGAUGUGUGCCGAUCCCCCGACAGUGAAGAUGGGAAUGACAUGGUGUUUUGUGACAAGUGUAAUAUUUGUGUCCAUCAG